AUGGCAGCUAGAGCACAUGAUGUGGGUGCCCUAGCCAUUAGGGGCACCUCAGCAAUUCUAAACUUUCCAAACUCAGUUUCCCUUCUUCCAAUCGCUAACUCAUUAUCUUCACGUAAAGAUAUUCGAGCAGCUGCAGUAGAAGCCGCUGAGAGUCUCAGACCAAUCUCCAAUUCUCAUCACAAGAAAAUUAGCCGCAAAAGUAAGUCUACGAGAGCUAAGAAGGUUCCAUCAUUAGAGGAAACAACAAAGGAAACGGUGUUGGACUCGUCCUUGCACUUGAAGAGCAUGCAUAGUUUGCUGGAUCGUGAAAAAUGUGAUGUGAUCAACAGUACUAGUGGCACAGAGAAAAACAAUUUGGAUUUGUCUUCAACCAUGUUCUUCGAUGAGGAGGCGUUGUUUAACACGCCGGGUCUCUUGGAUAGAAUGGCUGAGAGUUUGGAUAUUUUCCCACUACUACCAUCAAUGGAUUAUUAUUGGGAUGAUCAUGCUUACUGCACAGACUUCAAUUUAUGGACGGAUUAA